AUGUCGCGGCCUUUCCCAACGGUGUUCCGCCCCAUCUGGCGGCGGAACUUUUGCAUAUCCACGCCCAAACGGGCCAUUGAUAAACGAUGCAACUCGGCGUCGGAAGCUGUACAGAACAUGAAGGGAUCGUCAACGGUCCUGGUGGGAGGUUUCGGGUUCUCCGGCGUGCCGAAUACCCUGAUCAACUCCGUGCGCGAUCGGCCCGAUAUCACCGAUCUAACGGUCGUGUCGAACAAUGCGGGUAUGCCCGGGGUAGGACUGGGCCAGCUGCUGGAGACCCGGCAGGUCAGUAAGAUGAUUGCGUCGUUUAUUGGGGAAAAUAAGAUGUUUGAGAAAAUGUAUCUGAGUGGGGAUUUGGCGCUCGAAUUGACACCCCAGGGCACCAUUGCGGAGAAAUGCGCCGCCGGAGCGGCAGGUGUGCCUGCUUUUUAUACGCCGGCAGCUUAUGGGACAAUCGUUCAAACGGGGGAACUCCCCGUUCGGUAUAACAAGGAUGGCUCGGUGGCCGAAACCUCCAAGCCUAAGGAAACCCGCCAAUUCAACGGCAAAAACUACAUCCUGGAAGAAUCGAUUUUCGGCGACUACGCGUUGGUCAAGGUGCACAAGGCCGACAGACUGGGCAAUUGUCAGUUCCGCAAGGCGAUGAAUAACUUCAACGAGGCUAUGGCGAAGAAUGCCAAGUACACCAUCGUGGAGGCGGACCAUAUCGUCGAGGUCGGCGAGAUUGCCCCCGAGGAUAUCCAUCUGCAAGGCAUCUACGUCAAUAAAGUGAUCCAGAGUCUCGGCGAGAAGCAGAUCGAGAAGCUCACCUUCGCCAAGGACCCGAGUGAAAUGCUCAAGGCCGGGUCCGGCGAGGCCACUGCCCGUCGUGAGCGCAUCGUCAAACGCGCCGCGAAGGAAUUCCGGGACGGAAUGUAUGUCAACCUCGGGAUUGGAAUGCCCCUGAUUGCUCCUUCCUAUCUGCCGGAGGGCGUGGAGGUCGUCCUCCAGGCUGAGAACGGUAUUCUGGGGUUGGGUGGCUACCCCCAGCCUGGAGAGGAGGACCCGGACCUGAUCAACCCGGGCAAGGAGACCGUGACUCUGGGUGGCGGCGCUUCUCUAUUCGGAUCGCAUGAAAGCUUCGGUAUGAUUCGCGCGGGACUUAUUGAUCUCACGAUGCUUGGCGCUCUGCAGGUCAGCCAGUACGGCGAUCUCGCAAACUUUAUGCUACCCGGUAAGGUAAAAGGUGUUGGCGGUGCCAUGGACUUGGUCGCCAACCCUGAGAAGACCAAGGUCGUUGUGACAAUGGAACAUGUCGACAAGAAGGGUAACCCUAAGAUCCUCCCGGAGUGCAGCUUCCCCUUGACGGGUCCCCGCUGCGUAUGGAAGAUCAUUACCGAUCUAGCAGUGUUCAACGUCAGCCCUACCACGGGAUUGACUCUGACCGAGUACGCCGAGGGAGUCACUGUGAACGAGAUCCGCAGCAAGACCGCCGCUCCGUUCAAGGUAGCUGAUAAUUUGAAGCCGAUGCUGUAA